CGCCCAGCGCACUCACAUGGUCCUGAUAUCCGUGUCAUUCUGUGCAUUGUAAUCUAUCUAUAUCAUCAGCACAGGUCACUACACAGGUCAACACUGGACCGCGCAAUGCAUUCAUUCAUUCGGCCGAACACGCACGUUGCUUUGCGACUACCUUCUGGUCUUUUGAAGAUUGUCGAAGUCAUUCCUAAUACGUACGUGACCUGGUCGUACUACUAUAAACCCCCCAACCGGCCUAGGCUACACGGUGCCUACACCCAUUCCAACGUCAAUCUGGGCAAGUACGGCACAUUUUCUACAAACCAGAUCCUCGGCCGACCCUAUCAUCUCACAUUCGAGCUUCUUGACUCCGAAAAAGAGAACUCAAAAUCAGCUGCUCAGUUGCGUGUCGUACCUGCCUCUGAACUACACGCUGAAGCUUUGGGGAGCGACCAAGUUUUACCUCCUGCGACGGGAGGAGACAGCACCCCCAUCGAGGCCGACGGCGAUGCUGCGGCCAAUGGGAGCGUGGGAUUUGAUAUCGUCAAUGAGGAUGGAGAUGUCAUCAUGAGGAAUAAUCGCCUGACUGUCGAUGACCCCUCCCGCCAAACCUUAACCAUGGAAGAGAUCGAAGAGCUCAAGAAAGCCGGCGUAGGCUCUGGAAAGGACAUCAUAGCCAGAAUCAUGGCAUCGCAUCUGGCCAUUGACGAAAAGACUUCCUUUUCCCUCGCCAAAUACACACUUCGAAAAUCUCGCAAAUAUCUCAAGAGAUUUACCGUAUUGCCCCUGGAUCUGGGUACGCUCACCGAGUAUGUUACCGAAAAGGAAGCUUACAAGAUCAUGGAACUCCGAGAGGAGACACUGGGACUGAUAUGCAGCUGGGCCAACGUCCACAGUGCUUCCGGUGCCCGCGUGCAGACAGCUGAAGAUGGUGUCAGCCAACUAGGAGGAGGGAGGUGGUUAGUAGUUGAUGAUACUGGAGGUCUAGUAACGGCGGCAUUGGCAGAGAAGAUGGGAAUCCUUUAUCCAACUGUAGAAGAAGAAGAAGAAGAAGAAGAAGGCGACGAGGAGAAGGAGCAAGAUGCAAAAAAGGUCCAUGAGAACGGUUCGGAAUCUGUGGCAAUUGUAGUGUCGAAACAGAACAGUGUCGACCACGUGGCAACAGCAGGAGCAGGUGAUAAUGAGGCCUCGUCAAGCCACACACCUCACAAGCCCCCGAAAUUCACGAACGGCAACCAUGAGGGACCUCGCCCUCCAAGAAAACCCCGACAGCACGUAGCUCAGAUGUCCGCUCAAACAAAUACCCUUACAGUCUUGCACUCAAACAACCAACCCAACAUAUCGCACCUCAAGUAUUUUGGUUUCGAUACAGGUGCCCCUGUUGCCUCGCAUCCUUUAUAUACACACCUUAAAUCCGUCUCUUGGCUUCAGCUGCUGCAUCCCAUGGAAGAUCCAUCAUACGUAGAGCCAGAGAGAGUAACGGAUGAUGUGUUAGCAACUAUGAAGAGCUCGAAGCGAGGAAACUACUACAAAAAGAGAAGGCGAUGGGAAAAGACCAAGCGAGUAGUAGAUGAAGCUCGAGCAGGUGGAUUCGAUGGCUUAGUUGUGGCAAGCAGUAUGGAGGCAAAGUCCAUUCUUAAAGAGUUGGUACCUCUGGUCCGGGGUGGCGGUAGAGUGGUGGUCUACAGUCCUAACGCGGAGCCUCUUGUUGAGCUUUGCGAUUAUUACAGCAAAGAUAGGCGCGCGGCGUACGUUGCUCGCGAAUUUGGAGCCGAACAAGAUGGCAAAGUAAAAACAGACCCAGAUGAUAAUGGACCCGACGAAACCGAGGACGAGGAUGAAGACUUUCCAGUGAAUCCCACUCUGCUGCUAGCGCCAUCCUUACAAACUGCAAGAGCGAGACAUUGGCAAGUAUUGCCGCAGCGAACACAUCCUUUUAUGACCAGCAAAGGUGGCGCUGAAGGGUACCUGUUUACAGGCACAAGAGUGCUCCCUAUUGAAGGCAGAGUAGAAGCCAGAGGGCACGGAAGAUCGAAAAAGCGGAAGAUAGCAGAAUCUUAG